GCCAUGCAUUAAUAGAUUUGAUGCACCGCACUACAGAAAGUUCACCAGUAACAGGAGAGAGGGUACUCUGUAGACAUCCAUUUCAAGAAAGUAAAAGAGCUUAUGUUAGUCCUGCAAAAGUUGAACUUCUACAUAAGCUGUAUUGGCAGGAAGGAAAAAUACAGCAAAACCUACCAACACUAGAUGAGAUAAGAAACAGAGUUCAAGUGUCUCUGAAAACUCUGAGACAAGACCAUAAACGUAAUUUGAACCCAACCCCGUACAAGAAUUAAGGGCCAUUCAGGAAAUUAAAUUUAGUGUUGAUGAUACAAACACCAGUAUGUUCAGGAGUCUUAAAAUUAAGCACUAUGGGAAGAAAACCUGGAUCCCAAUUACAUAAAAUGUAUAUGAAAAAUUCCACACAGCUCAAAUGUACAUGACAUUAUAUGCUAUGACAGUAAGUUAACCCACUUGGUGUCAUAAGUAAUUUUUAAGUUUGUGGUAAAGCAUUAUCCAUAGAUGAUCUGAUCUUGCCACCAAAACCUGCCCUUGGUAAUAGUCAGUUUUAGAUAACCUCGUUAGAUCAUAUUAGAUAUUUCUUAAAAUCAUUCGUAGUUUUGUAAAUAAUGACUUAUUUGCAUGUGCAGUUUAACAGAUUUUCUAUAGAAUAAUUAAAUUUUUUUUUCAAUUAAAAUUAUACAUACCUAGUUACAUAUUAGUUUAGAUUGUUGAUUUAUCAGACAUUACUUCAGUGUUAUUUCACAUUCAAAUUUUCCUAUAACACAUGGCAGUCUUCAAUUUUCUCAUAUCACAGAUCAUAUAAUAUGGCUAUUUAGACAUUGUAUAGUAUUAAUUACUUUUAGAAGUUUUCUAAUAGUAGCUGCAGUUCUUAAGACAAAUUGCUUCACAGUAAUAGUGUGAGGUAUUGAAAAAUGUACUUUUAGUAAGGAGUGACAUAGUAUUCUAAAAUAGUACUAACAGUUUUGUUUAUUUGCAUACAGCAUUUUUUAAAGAUAACUAGUACAGUACAUUCUUAAUAGUAAUUCUAACUCGUUAGUAUGUCAUUUAGUGAUAUGCAUAAGUAGUAACAAGCUCCUUUCAUUAUGAAGUCUAGAUUUAAAUUUUACUCCCUACAACUCAUAUACCAUUGACUUUUUGGGUUGCAUAGCUAAUGCAACCUUAACGGUACAAGAAUCUAAAAACGGUAUUCCGUGCCCCAAGUUUUUAAAUGUGAACAAUUAAUCUAAUUAUGUCAUCUGGAGAAUAUGUUUUUACAUCAGAAAGGUUUAUACAAUCAUUUUAAUCAUGAAAUAGCCCAUUAAGACUGUAGAACAAUACAUUAAAGCAAAGCAUUAGAUUAGAAAGAAAGAUCCCUAUGCACAAGCUUGGUUAACUCCCUACUUUUUGCAGUGACGUAUGUUCUUCGGUGCCAAUCCCCACCUGAAGAGAGGGAAUGGGAGGGGAGCACUGGAAAUUAUGAUGAAUAAUUUGAUUUAUAUAAAAAAAAAUUUUUUUAAUUUUUUUUUUUUUUUUUUUUACAAUCCUAAAGUAGCCACAUUCACCAUUCAGUAGGGAGGGCAAAGCAGUUGAGUAAAGAUAAGAGGAAGUAGUUGCUAGAAAUCCAUUCCAUUGGUGAAAACAAAGAGGAGUUGGCAAAAGAAACUUAUAAAUAAAGAGAGCUUACAUAACUUGAGUUUGCCAAGGAAGGAUUCUCUGGACAGUGGACACUAUAAAUACUGUAAUGGAUCUAGAGUGACACACCAAGGAAAGGAGGUGAAAUGGCAGGUACCAGAGGAAAUACUCUUCAAUUGUACCAGAUAACCAAGGUAUGACUCGUGAAGAUGAUUGAUCCAACUCCCUCCUAAUUGAAACUACAAGGCCUGACUCAAAUAUGGGUCCCAUUGAAUACAAAUAAAUUGUUGUAAGUGAUGAUAUUUUGAUGACAGAACUUGGUGAAGGUGGUGUUGAGGUUAGAUAAUGUGCCAGGUGCCUGCACUCAUGUUGACAGAGCUCCAAUGAUACUUUAAGGCAAAGACUUCAGCAGGUUCUGGUGUUCUCUAACCAGCAGAGAUUGGGAAGAAUGAUCUGUCUGACUGUUGGAGACAUCAAAGCUACCUUCCAACAGGUUUACAGCUUUAGUGAGUGAACAUAAAAGAAAGCAGCUGUGCCGAACCAACUACCGCAGAGACCAGAGGGCUGAUCAACAUCUGCCAAGACUCGCUUGUAUUACAAGGAAGACGAAGAAACUCAUUGAUGGUCUUAAGAGGGGGUGACAUGCUGUUUUCUAAAGGUUGGGUCAAUUCUACAACUGUUUCAGAACAUCCCCUGGUAAACCACCUGACUUACAGAUUUAACCUGAGCUUGAUCCAUGGUCCAAGUUACUGACACUCGUUCCAAAGCAGCUAUAGAUGGCUGUACAAAUGUCUCAUUUUAAUUAGCCAGAACCAACCAGGCAUCCAGCUAGGGAUAAAGAUGUUAGUCCAGAUAGUGCCCCAGGAAGGCUGCUAGGUCAUGGAUCCCAAUUAAGACAUGAAGAGCAGUACAUAUACCAAAGCUAAUGGCUUGCAAACAAUACACGUAGUCUCACCAAACGAAGCCCAGAUACUUCCUAUAAAGUAGGUGACUGGGGACAUUAAAAUAAAUAUUUCUCAGUUUACAGAAGCCAGUUAGACCCCUCUGCAAACAGAUCUUGAUACAGACUCCAUGUUCUCCAUAUGAAAGGAGUUAAGCAAAGAAAUUUGAACUGGCAAUUCCAGAACAAGGAAAGCUGUAACUUCAGCAGAACCUCUUGUUGGCCCCCUUCCGUAGCUCUUAUUCAAGUUGUAAUUGAGGACUUGCUUUUUUUAUUUUUGCUGGAAUUGAGAGGAAGGAGCUGUAAGUAGGUGGACGAGACAGCGUAGGGGGUUGAUAAAGAACAACUGGUAACUGAAGCAGAGAGCCUUCAAUACCAAAAUACUCCAUGCUGCCUUCCAAUUAAUUCUCUUGAAAAUAGCCCUGGAGAGGAGAUGGGCAAAGUGGACAUUGGGGUUUCAUCUGCGCUGCAAAAGAAGGAAGCUGAUGUGGAGAUCAAGGGAGUGAGACCUCUGAAGAUGAUAAGAGACCUGCUGUUGGUGUGGCAUCAGACUGUUGGUGAUGACCUUUGAUGUUGACUUAGCAAUGACAGACAAUGAGGAGGAGGAAAAGGGCGCAGCCCCAAGCUGAUGGUGGUUAAAGUUAAUUUCUUUCCCAAGUUAAUUUCUUUCCCAAGGCUUGAACAGAGGACAACAAAACCAUAGAUCUUGACAUUGAUGAAUAGAUAAUACAUGUAACAUGCUUUCAGCACUUGACAUACUUUCAAGAGAGAGUAUGAAGAAUUCAGUUGUAUGGGUGUUCUCAGUAGAGAGAACUUAAAAUUUUGCCAUCAAGGAGUUGGUGGCACCAAGUAUCCUUUCUUGCUAGUUCAUGAGCAUGAGACCCUUUCUGAGAAGAAGUCCUUGAAAGUAUCCGUUUCAGAAACUGAUGAUGCCAUUGAUCUGUAUAGUUGUAACCUUGACUGUAGGCCCAACCAUUCACUUGCUUAAUGACAUCCUUGUGGUUGUGAUCCUAGGGUUUAGCUAGCAAAGCUGUAAUAUCAUUGAGCCAGAGGUGGGUGAUAAUCAAGGUGCCAGAUACCCAGAAUGAUGUAUAUCUUGUAGUGUCCACAGGUCUUCAAUAGUUUCAUACGAAUCUUUAACCAAUAUCAGGCUUUAGAGGGAUCAAAUCUGGACUCGUUAGGGGUUCAAGAAUUUAAGAAUGAGACCAAGGCAAGGCAAAUGAUUCACAGUAGGAGGAGCAGUAAACUUAAGAGCAAAGACAUGAAGCACUGGAGGCAGCUGCUGUAGAGACAAUGGGACUUGGUUCAUGAGCAUAAGCAGCAAACAAGGGACUAGCCAAAGAACGAGCAGAACUUGUAGGACAGAUAAGAGCCUGAAGGACAAUUAGAAGAGGAUGAUGGGCAAUUUUGUCUAGGAUAACGGCCUGUAACUGGAACAAGGGAGAAAAAUGCUGGCAUGCUGAGGGGGAUUUAAAGAUUUCCUUUGAUCUUUCUUUUGCAGCUUGGAGAUGAUAGUGGCCACAGGAGAAUGAGAAAACCUCAAAACAAGGCUUAGGGAUACUCUCCUGCUGUAUAGCAGGUGGAGGGUAGGGGCAGCCACUGGGCAAUAGUAUCUCUCAAAAGGUCAGGCAAAGCAUAAGUGGGAACAGCAGACCUCUGAGCUCCUAAGGUCAGAGGAUAUACUUGAGAAUAUUCCAUAAGCAAGGUAGGAUCCACAGCAGCAAGGGGCACUGAAUAACAAGCAAGAACUAGGCUGGUAUGAAAGUUGAUGGCGAAUCAUAUGUAGUCAUGGAAACUGAGUCACCUAGGAUUUGGCAAGAUCUGAGGCCAAUAUUGUGAUAAGUAGGAAAGCAGAAGCAGGAUAUAGUGGCCAUGAAUGCUGCACUAUUAAGGGCAUGGAAUCAGACACUUGGGCUAGAAUGGCUGAUUAUGCAUGAUUUGUCAGAGGCUAUAGAGUACAAGAAUCAGUUUAUUUAAGAGCAACCGUAAUGAUUGUAUAUAUGGGGUCAGUGAAAUAUGCAGAGGCAGACAAAUACUGAGCCAACUCACAUCUAAAGUGUUUCAAGCAACAGGGUGAGAAAAAAAUCAUUGGGCAGUGGGAAGAACGAAGACCUAGACAGUGAGAUUGUGGGGUAUUAGCAGAAGCGUAAACUAUGGCAAGGGACUGACAUUGAAAAGCAAAAGCAACUUAAAACCAGAACCUGUCAAAAAAAUUCAUUGCUCGUGGAACAAAGCAUAGAUGUGGAUAAAGGUGUUCUGGCCUGAGCAAGUGUGGCACAAAAACAGAAGCUGCAGAUGUCUAAACAGGCAGAUCCCUGCUACAGUUAGUUAGGAAGCCCUCAGCAGAAGUUAUUCCUUUUAAUUUUCUUUGGCCUGGUUCUUCAUACUGUGGUUGGCAAUUGGUGUGAAGUACCUUGAAUUUUAUUAUGUGCUGCAAAUGUCAUGUUGACUAAGUAAACAUCAUUGGUUGUUCUUAAGGUCAUUUUGUGCAGUGCUUCAUCACUUAUCAGUCCUGUAGGGUGAAGUUGAAGCUAGCUGAUGCUAUAAGUAAUUAGAAGAACUGGCAUCAUCCAUAUGUAAGCAGACCCUGGUUAACGGUGGGGGUUCCAUUCCGACAGCGUGAUAACUGAAAAUCACCUAUUUCUGGUUAUUAGCGCCUCAGUUAGGUGUGUAUUGGUGUCAUAAGACAAGCGCCAUAAAACCGGAUCGCCGAUAACCAGGGACUGCCUACCUUCAUGUUGAGGAGCAAGGUAAUUUGUUCAGUGUAAAUCAUCGCUAUUGCACUGUGCACUAGUCCUGAUCAUUGAAACUUUGAUCAUGGUCCCAAAUAUUUUUGAAGAUAAAAUGUCUAAAGAAUGUAUAAAAAAAUAUAUUUAAAAUGCAGUCUAAUAAGAUUUAUUAAUUUUAAGGAACUUGAGUUUCUUAAUAUGGCCACAAAUUUUGAAAAGAUCAUAGAUUUUAUAUACUUACAGAAUAUACAUUUAUAGUAAUAGUAUUUGCAUAAUGACAAACAAGAAAGGGUCUGGAAAGUUUCAUAAACCAACCUAUUAUUUUUUCAUAGUGAACUUGGAGUAUAUAUAUAUCC